GCAAAAAACUUGAAGUAGAAUCCUACUUUUCCAGAGUGAACGAUAAAUAUUAUUUUUUUCACGCGGCCAGAAACGGUAGGAAGAUGUUUUAGUUUACUACGCAGAUCUCAUCUGGCGGGAAAGCCGUGACGUGGGCGGAAGAAGAAGAAAAAAUACCUGCUAUUUAAAGUGUGAAGAGUCGCUGGAUGCAGGGAUUCAGUGUGCGAGCAGAGCGGGGCGUCAACAGCCGCUGAUACUACAGAUAACCGAUCACUGCUAUUGAUCACACACUGACAGAAGGAUUAUUGAUCAUCCAGUAACACAGUUGGAUAAAUUAGUUUCAGAAGAUUUAAUUUGACCCUGAAACAUUUGGAUUUUACGCCGCUUUCAGGACAGUUACCAUAAGUCUGCUCCUUGAGAUUAACGGCAGCCACGAUGCUGUUAACCAUGUCUGGCACAAACUAUGACUACGACUACGACAUCAUCCAGCCCUUCUUCCUGGAUGGCGAGGAGGAGGACUUCUACCUUCCUCCACACUCCCAGCUCCUCCCAGGUCCCAAUGAGGACAUCUGGAAGAAGUUCGAGCUCCUGCCGACACCUCCUUUGUCCCCCAGCAGGACACCCUCACCGUCUGUCGCCCCACUGUCCGCCGGAGACCACCUGGAGGCGGUUUAUGACCUGCUAGAUGAGGAGUGCAACACUUCUGCAGCGUUCCUCCAGUCAUUCAUCAUCCAGGACUGCAUGUGGAGCAGCAGUUUUGCCGCUGCCGCCAAGCUGAAGAAGGUGGUGUCUGAGAGGCUGGAGUGUCUCCGGGCCCGCCGGGACUCCUCCGCCGCCAACAGCAUUGCGCCUGCAUCAGCGGAUCCACAGCUGGACCGGCCUCAGGAGAACACAGAGUAUCUGAAAGAUCUCCACGCCGCGGCGGUGGACUGCAUUGACCCGUCGGAGGUGUUCCAGGAGAAGCAGGGCGGAGAGGGAGCGGAGGUGGAGGUGGGAUCAGAACUGUGUCUGGACUCGCCGCCCCUCAGCAGCAGUGACAGCGAAUCAGAAGAAGAAGAAAUGGACAACGAUGAGGAAGAAGAGAUCGAUGUGGUGACAGUGGACAGGCAGAGGACAUGUCGGCGGUCCAGUGCCUCCCCUCUGGUUCUCAAGCGCUCUCACAUCAACAUCCACCAACACAACUACGCCGCCCAGCAGCCCGCUGAGAAACGGGCGAAGACGCAGAGCCCGGCGUUGAGGCAGAGCGGCGGGCGGCGGUGCUGGAGCCCGCGGUCGGACGGAGAGGACGACGACAAGCGCAGGACACACAACGUGCUGGAGAGGCAGCGGCGAAACGAGCUGAGGAUGAGCUUCCUGACCCUGAGGGACGAAGUCCCGGCGGUGGCCAACAACGAGAAGGCGGCGAAGGUGGUGAUCCUGAAGAAGGCCACAGAGUUUAUUGGAAAGAUGAGAGAGGAAGAAAGGAGGCUGCAGAAGAUGGAGGAUGAGCUGAGGAAGAGGAGCAGGAAGCUGAAACAGAGACUGGAGCAGCUCAGGACUUUACACUAACUGUUUCUGUUCAUGACAUUUACCCUGAACGCAGCUCAGAUCCGUCUGGUCUGUCAUCAGUCCACCUAUUUAUUUAGCUUAGUUUUCUAAAUGUUUAUUUUAUUUAAAACGGUUUUAUUGUUGUGUUGGUAGUUCAGACGCCUGAUCAGGAAUACAAACCCAAAAACCAGACUUUAUGUGGUAACCUGAACUUUCCUCUAAUGCUCAUCAGAAAACAUUGUGUAUGUUUGACUGUGUAAUUUCUAUUAUGAAAUAGUUUAUUUUUAUAUUUUCUUUGUUGAACUGAUUCUUUACAGAAAUCAGCUGCAAAAGAUGAAGAACAUGCUGCAAAUGUGAAAAUAAAAACCCUCCUUUGUGGAGGUUCUG